CAAUAAAGCAGUUUGUUUAUCAACCUAUUUUCAGCAGACGGUGUACGAAAUAUUGUGUUUGUAUUUUUAACGUUGUUAACAAACACAACCGUGACGUAUCUUGGAUGUAAAUAAUGUUUCAGGAAGAAGCAGAAUAUAAUGUGGAACUGUAUGAAGAGGAAAGCCAUGAACAAGGCCACACGGGGGAUCCAAACUUAGAUCUUGAAUACGAACGUCAUCGGCAAUCAAUGCCACAACCCGUGCAGAAAUAUUUGCAAUAUUUUCAGAAGGCCCUUAACGACCAAAACACUUACGAGAUUGAGAAUUACUACGAGAAUGGAUGGAAUCAUUUAACUGAGAAAUAUUACUCAAGUGAACCGUGGCCAGAAGCUGAGUCAAUCAUGCAUAUUGUGGGAAACGAUGCCUUGUUCAUGAUCAUGUAUAAGGAGUUAUAUUACCGACAUAUAUAUGCGAGGAUACAGAGUGGGCCAACACAGGAGCAAAGGUUCAAGUCGUAUUACAACUAUUGUGAUUUGUUCAACUAUAUAUUGAAUGCCGACGGUCCAGUUCCUUUAGAUCUUCCCAACCAAUGGUUAUGGGAUAUAAUUGAUGAGUUCAUAUAUCAGUUCCAAGCCUUUACUCAAUAUCGAUGCAAACUUAGCAAGAAAACUGAAGAUGAGAUCGAUAUAUUGAGGAGUAAUCCUAAGAUAUGGAACAUACAUAGUGUGUUGAAUGUUCUUCAUUCACUCGUUGAUAAAUCUAAGAUAAACGAACAACUACAAGCGUAUAAUGAUGGUUUAGAUCAAGACUCCAUUGCUAAUGUUGCCGGUAUGUUUGGUGGGUGUUCACUUUACAAGAUGCUCGGAUAUUUCAGUCUUAUUGGUUUAUUGAGACUUCAUAGUUUGUUGGGAGAUUACCAACACGCGUUGUCUGUUUUGGAGAAUAUUAAUAUUACUAAGCGGAGUACUGUGUAUUCCCGUGUGCCUGAGUGUCAGAUCACAACAUAUUAUUAUGUUGGUUUUGCUUACAUGAUGAUGCGAAAAUACCAAGCAGCUAUCGAUACCUUCUCAAGCAUAUUGACAUACAUACAACGUACCAAGAAUACAACGUUACAACGACCAAGCCAAUAUAAAAUGGACAUGAUAAACAAACAAACAGACCAAAUGUUCGUGUUGCUUGGUUUAUGUUCCACGUUAUACCCGGUUCGAAUCGAUGAAUCUUUGUCUCAAUCUAUGAAGGAGAAGAUAGGAGCAGAUAAGUGGCAGAGGAUGCAGAAAGGAGACAAAGCUGCGUUUGAAGAAUCGUUUUCAUUCGGAUGUCCCAAGUUUCUUUCACCAGUUGCUCCUAACUUUGAUGCCGGCCCACUCAACUCACAUAAGGAACCCAUGCACCAUCAGUGCAAGGUAUUCCUUGAAGAAGUUGAGCAACAAGCCCACCUACCCACCAUACGUAGUUACCUUAAACUUUACUCUACUAUGCCUGUGGAAAAGAUGGCGGUCUUCCUAGAUAUGGAUGUUCAUGAUUUCACUGCUCAACUUAUGUGUCUUAAGCAUAAGAUGGUGAAUGCACGAAGUGAUAAAGAACAAGAAGGUCAACUUGAGGUCGAUUUCUACAUGGAUGGGAACAUGAUCCACAUCGCAGACACAAAGAUACAACGAGGUUACGCCGAUUAUUUCAUCAAACAAAUUCAUAAGUUUGAAGAAUUGAACAGACACAUCAAGAAUCUCAAGUGAUGUCAUAAUGAUGUCAUUGUUUGUUGACUAUGAUGUCAUAGAAGAUAUUUGUUGUAAAUAGAAAUUAUGUUUCAAUGGUGGAAGUUGUGAAAUGUAAGAAGCGGAAAUUGUUUGAAAUAAAUUGAAACAACCUGGAA